AUGCUAUUUGGGUAUUCCAUUGGACUUCUCCUGCUGAUAAACGGAGUCUCUUCAAAUGACUCAUAUGAGGAAGAAUUAGCAAUAUCACGAUUACCAAAUCAACAUGUUUUAACACAGUUCCGUUUUAAAAUAGUAAGUAAUCAGAGUAAUCUAGGCCAUGAUUUUCUAUUGUUCCCUCGUAUAAUAGCUGAGUUAGUCAAAGCUCAUUCCGUCGAGGAAUUGUAUGUUUCGCUUGGUCAAGGGCGAUGGCUUGCUGACAUGUGGGGUUUACCUCCUCAACCAAGCUCUCCUACAGGCAUACAUGUUCAUGCAUACAUUCAAGGGAACACAACGAAAACCGAUGCAGAAUGGGUAAAGCUAACAAACGCGCUCAAUGGCUUCUUCUGUACAUCAUUCACUAAUGUUGUUCCAUUAUCAACAUCCUCGCCAACGUUCACGUUAAAGCCUGAAGGUGUUAUCCAUCCAGAAAGUCAGUUACGGUAUGUAUCAUUGGCUAAAGAAUCGUUAUGCACUGAAAACUUAACACCUUGGCGAACUCUUUUACCCUGCAAACAAAAUGGAUUGGCAACUUUGUUUACACCUAUCAAGUUAUAUUCUUCAUUAUACCACUCUCUUUAUUUUCAAGUGAAGAAGUCAUGUUAUAAAGGGUCAUGCUCGUGGGUAUUAAACAUGGGACUUAACAUGGUGACUGAUAAAGAUCUCAAACAUGGGAAGUUAGAUUGGGAACUUAUGGGCUUGACGGGUAGAAAAGUUACGGGAUUCUGUCGAGCAGCAUCAUCAAGUAAAAUACUAGUACAUGUUGACCGUCCGAAUCAAGUGUUAGAGCCUGCCCCCAAGAUUAAAGUACCUGUCGGCGGUUUUGCUGUUUAUGAGCUGAAUGAAGUGAACACUAGCCCCACGUUUUCCGUUGCUGCUUAUUACGAUAAAGAGGAAACGGCUACCCUAUUAGACAGUUCUCCAGCUUUUUCGUUUUCAACAAUCAUCGGUGGAACAGAACAGAGUAAAGGAGAAAUAGUCACGAAAUUCGUUAAUAAUGCUGAGGAAAUCAGAGUAGGAUUUUCUCAUGUUCUUCCUUGGUAUGUGAAGCUGUAUUACCAUACAUUAGAUUUGAGAUGCACUGUUUAUAACGUUGAGCAGCAAGUUCGAGUUUACAACUCAAAUUUUCAACCAGCGAUAUCACGUAAAAGGCCAGCCCUGCUUGAACUGGAGUUUUCACUUCCUGUUCUUUCUGUCUGUUAUCUCAGAAUAGAGUUCGACAAAGCAUUCUUGAGAUUGCGUGAGUAUCCACCAGAUGCUAAUCACGGUUUGUACCUCCCUGGAGUGAUUGUCAAACUUCACAAUGAAGAGAAGAUGAAACCGUACACAUCUGUUUCUCGCAUUAACAUAUCCGAGCCUAUUAUUUUACACGGCAAUGCCUUACUAGUUGCUCUACCAACACCUGACUUCAGCAUGCCUUUCAAUGUAAUCUGUUUUGUAUUGACUGUUAUGACGUUAUGCUUCGGACCGUUGCAUAAAUUUUCAACACAGCUUUUGAUUCCUGUAAAUACUAGUCUACCAGUUGCUCACGGGUUCAAGAAGGCUUUACGGGUCUUCUUAUUUGCUCUUAUCGCCUUGGCGGCUUAUAUUCAAUAUAAUGAAAUCAGUCUGAACGAACUACGAAGGUUGUUAGUUGAAAUGAUGGGCGAUUCGCGUCUUGGAAAAAUAGUUCCCCAACAAACAAAAAGAGUGGGCUUAGCUAUUGUAGAACAACAACAUGAUUUAUUGAACGGCGAUAAAACAGUUUAUCAAGAGUUCACAAAAAAUCUUGAUCUCAUUAGACGUCAUCUGAGUACUUUCGACGAUGACUUCAAAAGGACCCGUGGAAGAAUGCAAGAUGCUUUGAAGUUGCUUGAAAAAUACAUAAGAAGAGAUUUCAAUUUUGGUGGGAAUGCAAGAAGUCUCAAGUUCGAUGCUCAACAACAACUGUUUUUUGUACAACACUCUGAACUAAUCAUUCGAGGAAUCAUUGCCAGAAUCGUGAUUCCAGACAAAUUCCAAGAUCAUGUGGACGGUCUUGAUUUAGAAUUUUAUUCGAUGGCAUGUAGAAAGCUGUCAGUGCGGACUAAUGCUCCACCUUCUAGAGAAGUAAUGAAACUGGCUGUAAAUCAAAUUGACGAAUCAUUCCGAAGGUUGCGUAUGAACAACAGCGAAGAAAACAACAUUGACUUUGGAAAUUAUGGGUAUCCUGGACCUAGUAAUGAAGACAGCAAAGAAGAGACCCAAUCAGCUCUAGAUAUUAUUAGAGAAAGACUGAUACGCUUGAAUGUUGAUGAGUCUUGCAGAGAAGUUUUGGAGGCACAAAGCGCACACCUGUUAGAUUUGGCUCGACAGUUUGAUCGUUCCGUAAGAGUAACCAGAUCUGCUAGUCCUCCCAGACAAGACUGGGCCAAUGUGAAAGAAGAAGAUGUGAAGGAGGAAGAGCUGACCCCAGCUGAGCAACACCUUAUAAAUCUUGUGACUGUAACGGAAGAAAAAAAAGAAGAAGUAGACCCGACUGAAACCACAGCACCCAAGAAAGUGCGGUUUGCAGUUAUAAACACUGAAAACGAUGGAUUAUACGAAUCGAUUAAUGAGCUAGUGCUCUUCGAUCAUAUUACCACUGCCUAUCGCGUUGAUCUCGGAUACCACAUAGCCAUGAGGUAUGAUGGUGAUCGAUGUAAUAUCGGACAACUCAUGAAAGAUCAUUCUAAAGACAGAUUAUUGGCAAGAAUUAACACAACUAUCAAAAAGGUUGACAACAAGACCAGAGUUAUAUCAAAUAUCAUCCGAAGUAUCCGUUCAACAGAAUACGACUGUACGAGUUCAAGAAUGAUCAGAACUCCUCUCCAUAUGGACUUACAGCCUGUAGAUGGGAGUAAUAAAUUCAGCGAGCAAGUUGCAGAGGAAUAUCUGCUGUCCUGUGCCCUUCAGUUGUGUCGCUUCACUUCCAGUUGGGCGGGAAUCUCAUAUCCGACGAAGGGUCAAAGUUCCACUUUGCAUGAGCAUGAAUCCAAUGUUUAUGGAGUCAUGCUGCUGACCGACUCUCUGUUGGAAUGUUUAGAACCGAGUUAUCUCCUCAACGGCGCGUUGUUCACUUUGAUCCCUCCAAUAACUUUAGACGAUAUGCUAUCAGUUCUCAACAAAGCUAGAUACGAUCAACUUCUAAUUCGAGAGAUUGUUGUCUCCUUCGGACACGAUAUUCUGACAUAUACGGAUAAAGUGACAGAUAAAACGAUAGAAGCUGCAGUCCGUGCUACUUUCGAAGCCAUUGAUAGGAUAGAAGCAUUAUUCAUUAGAAGGAGGGAUGACUUUCUGAAGUUAGAUCCCAAGUUCGGAAUGAUAUUGGAAAUCUCUUCUGAAGUAACAAAGGUUAAAGAAAAUCCUUUACCCAAUUUCAAAGUCUUGACGAUUCCUGAAUAUGGUGAUCGCGCUAAAUGGUUUGCUAAGUACAACAUUGCUGUAAGAAAGAUUGCGCCAUUUAUGAAAAACUGCAAGCUUGUCGAAUGGGCUGAUUACAGACCAGAAUGUGACAGAGAGUUCAUGCAGCAGGAGGACCAAGGCUAUGAUAUGCAUUUAAUACAUGUGGAGAAACGGUUCCGUCACUUAGCAUGGAUUCUCUACCAUGAAUGUUUCCUACUGCAUUUCAGAAAUGACGAGGAGCGUUUCCCUCGUCAUCGGAAUUCAAUGAAAAUCGAUUCUAUGGUCUGA